AGCAACUUGUAGACAGAGGAAAUAACAAAAACAAUUAACAUGGCGACGUUCAGGAAGCUUCUGUUCGCUAGUUUGAGAUGUGCUUCCACCUGGUGUUCCUAUGGUCGUGGUCUGGCUAGUGUUUCACUGGCCCGACGAAUAAAACUCGCUCCUAUCCAUAAAAGAAACUGGAUUUCGUUUGGUGUGGCAGGUGCCCUUUGUGCUGUCCCCGUUGCGCAGGCUGACUUUUCGCAUGAAGCCCUAAUCAAGAGAGCAUCGUCUCUGGUUACAGACAGUGCCAACACUUACCUUUCCCAAACCACACUAGCGCUCCUAGAUUCUCUCACACUUUACGCGAAGGCCAUUCGAAUUCUAGUGUCGCUCCACACACGCUACGAAGCCUCAGCCAGUAGACUCAGCACUGCAGACGAGGAUGCUGUGUGGCAAGUUAUGAUUCAACAGCGAGAGGAGGUGGUAACCCGCAGAGAGCAGUGCAAGCGGUUCGAGUCCAAUUGGAUGACGGCCAUCAACCUGUCAGAGCUGGCAGCUGAAGCUGCAUACAACGCAGGAGCAGACCAGGCCUCGGUGACGGCCCGCAGUAACCUGGACCUGGCCCAGUCGCAGGUGGAGCGCAUGAGGCAGGUGGCUCUGGAGGCCGAGGAGGGCCUGAGGGAGUCCAGGGCAGAGGACAGCCCCAGGAUGGAGCCUGCAGCCCAGCCUCUGGCAGCCCAGGAGGGGGAGGAGGAGGAGGAGAUCCCGGAGGCCUACCUCCGAGAGGACUGACAGCUUUCAGAUAACCGUAACAUGGACAUGGUGUAGAGAUUAGCCCUUCAAGGGUGGAUAGGUGGAGGACAAUGGGUGAGGAUUCUGGGUGCAGAGAAGACGGAGCCUAAGUUAAGUCCCUUUCGGUUGCGUUCAUGGGACAUAAGCACUGAAGAAAACAAAAGAAAAUGUCUCUAAAAAAUGUAUCUAAAUAAAACAGAUGAAAUAUGCCAGAGCUUUUCUCUGUAGAUGCUCAAUCCAGUAUUACUAGCUUGUUCAGGCCAACAAAGAACUGUGCCAGUGCUUGUUCCUGCACCUAAUCUCAAACCAACUGAUGUGUUUACGCCAAAACUAUAUUCUUUCGGAAACUAGAAAGUUAGUUUAUGGUGCUUGUUUUUUGAAUAUUUUUUUUUCCUCUUCGAACUGUGACGGCAACAUAGACAGCGGCAGGUUCAUCCUGGUAACACGCGGUCAUAUGCGGUAAAGCACACAACCUGGUAUGAGCAUGAGCCGUUUAUUGUUAAGCACUUUGGUUACGAAUGUAUCUGGUGUAAGAACGGGCAGCGGCACUAUUCUGGCUGGCAUUAGCAGCAUUAGAGAUCAGUGCUUAGAUCCCAUCUACCUGACCAGGAGGGGCAUGACUGUGGCUCUGUAUUUGGAAACCAGGGCCCUUCAUGAAGACUCCGAUGGUGAAAAAGGGUUGUCAGUCACAUGGUGACAGAUGGGUAGUGAUGGGACUCCAAAAGGACGCACUUACUUCUGAAACCACAAUCAUGCGAAAAAGCAAAGCAAACUGGCCUUUUAUGCAGUUUCAAAGAAAUCAGCGACCAACAUUUAUUUGUAUAGCACAUAUUCCCAAAUACAGAGUUGACUCUCAGUGCUUUGCAUAAACACACACACACACACACACACACACACACACACACACACACACACACACACACACACACACACACACACACACACACACACACACACACACACACACACACCAUAAAUAAAUAAAGACCAUGAAGGGAUAUAGAGGUGUUUUGGGUCAGGGGCUAUGCACUGAAAUUAUUCAAACCUUUUUUAUUCAAAAAGGGCCUUGCCAUAGUUAAUCAUGUGUUUUGUCUUUGUAAAGUUUAUAAGUCUGUACUUUGAAUUUGUCAAUAAAAAGCAAAGGAUUGGAAGUGAC